AUGAACGGUAAUGACAUGCCCGUCAAACAAGAGGGCGUAGGAGCACCUGCUGGAGUCUGGACAACCCCAACGUCCCAAGGCAUGCGACCCCGACCUGCGACCAUUCACGAGGGCUUCUCCUACAGUAUGGGCGACGACUUCGGCGCCCUCCCAUCGUGGGAUUCAUCGCCCCUCCCAUUCCAGCAGACGCCCAGCGACGCCAUGUCCCGCCCGGUCUCGGUUCAUCAACAAGACUUUUACCCCGUCACCACGAUGGAGAACAACUGGCAUCAGAAGCCUUCCGAGGACACGUUUGAAUUCCCCGGCCUGGACACUGAGAUGAUUGGCCAAGCAUACACCACGGACGAAGCCAUUCCCGUCCUUGACUUGAGAUACCAGCAACAAGAUAGCGAAACCUUCAACUUUGACUGCGGCCCCAAUCCGCGACGCAUGUCGGGCUCAUCAUUCACCAUGUCGACGUCGGGCGCUCUCUCCGACAUGCCAUCCUACGAAGACUUCUCUGCCGCCCUGUCAGAAGCGCCAUCAUUCAGUUCAGACUACCCUCCGCCGUCCAACCGCAAUUCGUUGAUGUCGUCGACGCAAUUGUCCCCCGUGGCGUCUCCCCGGAUGACCCCUCAAAGCCGAUCUGAACUCGUCAGGACUCAAAGCCGCGGCCGAGCCUCUCCGUCACCCCGCCCGGGAAUGCGAUCUGCUCCGUACAGUGUUGAGCGUGGAACGACGAAGAGAUGGUCGACAGGAUCGUACGGAACCCAACAGAACCGACGUCAAACACCGUUUGUGUUUCAUCCUGGUCACGAUGCCUUCGGUGCCCACCAGCGUAUGUCUUCGAGACACUCAUCGCCCACGAUCCAGCAUCAACAGGUCCCUCUGAACUUCACCAAUCUCCAAGCCGCGCAGCAGCACCCGUUCAUGAUGGCGGCCCCGCCGCAGUACCAGAGAAACAGCAUGAACAACAUGCUUUUGCCGUCGCAGUUGCCGUCCAACGGCUUCCACCCCGAAGCCCAUCACUUCGAGGCCCCGCCGCCGCUCCUGUCCCAUGGACUCUUCCGUAUGCUUCAGAGCAAUGCCGACCCCCAUUCUCUUCACAGCCACUACACGGACCUGUCAGACCCGCCCGACCUGUACGCUUCAUUGCACGAGGAGCAGAUCCCACCCCCUCCCGAAGACAUGAACCCGUCCGACCCUGAUCUUGUCCCGCACGAGCAAGAAUUGCGGUUCGAAGGCGACUUGUACACCCCCAGAUGGGUUAGAGGUCACGGCAACAAGCGUGAGGGAUGGUGUGGAAUCUGCAAGCCUGGCCGUUGGUUGGUGCUCAAGAACUCGGCCUUCUGGUACGACAAGUCCUUCACCCACGGCAUCAGCGCCGCCACGGGCAACCCGUUCCAGGAGCCCCAAGAGACACGCCGGAUGGACGGCAACCCGGAUGUCUGGGAAGGAUUGUGCGGCAGCUGCAACGAUUGGAUUGCUCUUGUCAGCAGCAAGAAGAAGGGUACCACAUGGUUUAGGCACGCGUACAAGGUAUGUAUCACGGCAUCGGUUGGGGCAGAUUGCCAUGUGUCACCGCAGGACUAA